CCCGCAGCCACUCGGGGCAGCGGGGCCGCCCCCCCUCGGCCCCUAAACCCAAUCGAUCCGGGCUCUGCUCGGCUCCUGUCAGAGCCUGCUGCGGCUUGGCGUGGGGUUCCAGGAGGAGGUCGGCUCGCCUCCCUCCUGAGAAGGUUCAUUUUGCUGCGUUGCCGGCAAAAAGUUAGUAAAAACGAAAAGUGACGAGCCCCGUUUCUUUUUCACUACUUCUGCCGUGGUAAUUAUUUUGUUUCUGUUCUUUGGGAGCUUGCGCGGGAGCAGCAGUCUUGAGCAACUCUAAAUAAGUUCAGGUUGUGGUCCCGACAGAGAUUUCAGCGACUGCAGCACAAAACUAAACCAUAAACAACUCUUUAAAGAACUUCAGGUCACAGUCUUGCUUAAAAUGUCAGUGAUUGGACCCCGAGACCACAUAUCAGUGGAAGCCAACGUAAUGUUCUUGGAUGCUGUUUGCCUUUGAACAGUUAAUUCUUCCCAGCCCUGGUUAAGAUUUCAGUGGCAGCAGCACGAAACUAAACCUUCGCAAGAAGUUUCUUUGUAGAUCAGGUUUGGAACAUAGUUUGGGCCAUAUCGGUAUGAAAGCACCUUCUGUUUCUUGAUGGAAACAUCAGUUUUGAGGGCUUUUUUUUUUUUCAUUUUGUUUUUUAGGUGGUGCUCUGGCAAGACUUCUUAAAAGGGAUAAAAUGCUGCAUUCUGGCAGUAAAGUCUUCACAUAUUAUCCUGGAAUGCAGUUACAGAUAAUUUUACCUUUGACUCUGUAGUAAAAUUCAACAGAAAGUUUCUGUCUGUGCGAUCCAAAAGGGGAUAGAGCUGUGCUCGGAACAGCCAUGGUAUUUAAAAACUUCAUUGGAACAGCACAAGAGUAAAGCUAAUGAUCUCUUAUCUGUGCCUUGUAUGAAGCCUUUUUGCUCAGUUUACUCAAAUCCUCAGGCAUGUUUCGCUAUGGAUUGCUUAGUUCCGGCAAGCAUUCCCUUUAGUCCUUUGAGGAAUCAAAUCAAUAGGCAGGGAGUGUUAGGAUUUAAACUCUUAGUUUAGCUUGCUUGUUCUUAAAUGCGAGACAAUGUAACUUGUGUGGGAUGGGCCUUUAACAAUAUAAGGUUUGAUUCUGGUACAGUAGACGUAAAGGUUGUUUUAGUAAAACUUCACACUUACUGACAUGUACUAAUCAACUUUUUUCUUCUUCAUAAUGCUUUUUGCUUAAUGUGUUCACUGACUUCAUGCAUAAUGAGAUGGAAGUGAAAUGCUGUAAAUACGUAGAUUAAUAAGAAAUAGUAAUGUCAAUGAGCACCUGUGGUCUCAGAAGAACAAGACAGCAGAUAACUUCCUUUUCAGUGAUGAAAUCAUAGCCAAUGGUUUUCACUCCUGUGAUAGUGAUGAAGAUGACAGAGCCUCUCAUGCAAGUUCUAGUGACUGGACCCCAAGACCACGUAUAGGUCCCUACACUUACGUUCAGCAGCAUCUCAUGUUAGGCACAGACCCACGGACAAUUCUGAAAGACCUGCUACCAGAAACCAUCCCUCCACCUGAACUGGAUGAUAUGACACUGUGGCAAAUUGUUAUAAACAUUCUUUCAGAACCACCCAAAAGAAAAAAACGAAAAGAUAUAAAUACUAUUGAUGAUGCUGUGAAGCUUUUACAAGAAUGCAAAAAAAUAAUGGUCUUGACUGGAGCUGGGGUGUCCGUGUCUUGUGGAAUACCUGACUUUAGAUCAAGAGAUGGCAUCUAUGCACGCCUUGCUGUAGACUUUCCAGACCUUCCAGAUCCUCAAGCAAUGUUUGAUAUAGAAUACUUCAGAAAGGAUCCCAGGCCUUUUUUUAAGUUUUCAAAGGAAAUCUAUCCAGGACAAUUCCAGCCAUCUCUCUGUCACAAGUUCAUAGCUUUGAUGGAUAAAGAAGGAAAACUGCUUCGCAACUAUACUCAGAACAUAGACACGUUGGAACAGGUUGCAGGAAUCCAAAGGAUAAUACAGUGUCAUGGUUCCUUUGCAACAGCUUCCUGCCUGAUCUGUAAAUACAAAGUUGAUUGCGAAGUUGUUCGAGGAGAUAUUUUCAAUCAGGUUGUACCGAGAUGUCCCAGAUGUCCACCUGAUGAACCACUUGCUAUCAUGAAGCCAGACAUAGUGUUCUUUGGAGAGAACUUACCUGAGCAGUUCCAUCGUGCCAUGAAGUAUGACAAAAAUGAAGUUGAUCUCCUUAUUGUCAUUGGAUCUUCACUGAAAGUAAGACCAGUAGCAUUGAUUCCAAGUUCCAUCCCCCAUGAAGUGCCUCAGAUCUUAAUUAAUAGAGAACCUUUGCCUCAUCUACACUUUGAUGUGGAGCUUCUUGGAGACUGUGAUGUUAUUAUUAAUGAAUUAUGUCAAAGGCUAGGUAGCGAAUAUACAAAACUUUGCUACAACUCAGUAAAACUUUCAGAAAUAACAGAAAAGCCUCCACGAAUGCACAAGGAGCUUGAAACACACUCAUCUGAGCUACCGCCUACACCUUUGAACAUUUCAGAAGGCUCUAGUUCACCAGAGAGAAUGACCCCACCAGAUACUUCAGCCGUGUCUUCAGAACAGUCAUCUGAAUGUAAGGUAGAAAACUGUGACCCUGCCUCGGAAACUAAAGGGACCUGCUCAGAGGAGAAGCUUCAGGACACACAGACACCAUCAGAAAACCCUGAAAAUCCUACUAGUGAACUAAUGAACUCUGAAACAAUGAAGGAAAAUGGGUCUAACAAUGGGGAAAAUAAAGAAAAAAAUGAAAUACAGAAGAAGUGCUGGGUAAACAGAUCUGCAAAGGAACAGAUUAGCAAAAGGCUGGAUGGUACUCAGUAUCUAUUUUUACCACCAAAUCGCUAUAUUUUCCAUGGUGCCGAGGUUUACUCAGAUUCUGAAGAUGAUAUCAUAUCUUCUAGCUCUUGUGGGAGCAGUAGUGAAAGUGGUUCCUGUCGUAGUCAGAGUUUAGAUGUGGAGGAUGAGAGCGAGAUCGAAGAGUUUUACAAUGGCAUAGAGGAUGAGGAUGCUCCAGAGAGGGAAGAGGAACCUGGAUUCGGGGAAGAUGGAGUUGAACAAGAGGAAUCGGCAGCUGACGAGUCAGCGUAUACAAAUGAAGCUGCAGGGACUGAGCAUCCAAGCAACACGUUGUGAAGUGACCACUGACUGGGUACAGGAACUUUCCACCAGCAGUAGGAGCUUUGGCAUGUCAGAAUGAAUGUUUACGUCUGAAUUUAGAGCAACAAAAUCAUAAGGACGUAGUGUUUAUAAACAACUAAAACAGAUUUUCAUGCUUAGUUUUUUACCUUUUUCAAUAAAAGUCUAUUACUGCGCACUCAACACUAACUCAUCUUUUUUUUAAGGUACUAGGAAUAUCUAAACAAUUGUCACAGAUCACUUUUAAGUUCCUCCGUCUAAUCAGGCAUCCAUGUAUAUAAUGCAUAUUUUUGCUUAAGAAUUUCAGCUUAUAUUAUUUUUAAACAGUUUUGAAAAAGCCAUUGGAAUGUUAAACUAAUAUAAAGGGAACAGCUAAUUUAGACCAAAGAAUGGUAUUUUCACACCUCUUGCUUUGUAACAGUUUUGUUUAUUUAAAACCUUCUUACACUUCUGCUAAACCUUUCAUUCUCGCCUCGUCUGUCAUUAAACACUGGCAUUUUCUAAGACUGACUGUGGCAGCUAAUUUUUUGCUUUAGCAGUUACUUUGUAUGUUUGAGACAUACUUAAAUGUGAGUAGCUAGUGAGAUGGAAACAAGACAGCGAGCACUUGACAAAUCCUACGUUUUUUAGACUGAUCGAGAAGUGCUGUGAAAACGCUUAAGUUGCUGAGUUUAAUACUUCCUGUGGACACGAAGCGAUGUUGACAUCGGCUCCUUAGCGAUUAUAAUAGUGGCAUUUUAAACAAAAUGGAUCCCCCGUGGUAGAAGUCUUUCAUGUUGUACACAGAAGUCAAAUAUAGCGCAGCUUGCAUUAAAAAUAGCAUUUGAUAAAUUGCCAAGGCUCUACUGGGGAAGCGUGGCCGAGUUCAGAAUCAUGUUUCUACCAGUGUGUGAGGAAGGCGCAAAAAUAGAAGCUCUUCCUUUAUACUUACUGAUCUAACAAAACCAGGAGAAACUUGCUCGAAUACGGAGAGCCUCUACUUGCAUGGCCGGGUGGAGAAAACGCAGAUUAAGAACCUAACCUGGACGCGCACUGGUCACGUCUCAGGUCGGGAACACGAUUUCCUGCCCGCUGGUUCCACCUUGCAUAUUAAAAGCCAAGCAGCUGCUCCAGUGCCUGAGCUGCCUUUAACCUGGACCCUUGCAAACCUCCGAGUGGGAUUGUUUCCAGCCUUUAGUGCUAUUUCGUAACAUUGCACAGUGCAGUAGUAAGCAAAGCGGCAUUUUUCUAUAAACCACUUUUUCAACAUUGGCCCAAAUGAACUCUACAAUGUAGAUUAUUCAUAUUCUUUGCUUUAAUAUUUAUUACAUUUUGGAAGAUGUAUAGUAGCUGUUCUUGGAAAUAAGCUACAGCAGCUAAUAAAUAUUUAAGAACAGCCUCCUGUAUUCAUCAGAACCUGCUGGCAUGUUGUCUCAUUGUCCAAAUUUAAUACAGCUCUUAUUUGGCUACAUUAAAGAAUGCAAUAUGUUUAGUUUUCACUUGCAUGUCACAAUGUAUUAGUUUGUGCUAUAGGAGAUAUUUUAAAUUGAAAUACUUUGUUUUAAAUUAUUUUUACAGUGAGGAUUGUUUUCUGCUCUUUUAUAUUGUAUAUAGUGUCUUUUAUGUAAUCUACUGGCCUAUGUUUUGUAGAAGACUGUUUAAAAUGACUGGCUAUCUUCCUGCAACUUUUGAAAUACAAAACCAGUGUUUUAUACCCGUACACUCUGUUCUAAAGUCUAUUAAAAACAUCAUUUGAUUUCUGGCUUCU